AUGAAUGAUGAUGGCGGAGGCGAAUAUCUAUGGACGGGAACGGUUGGAUCAUCGUCACCGUCGAGAUCGCCGCCGAUUUCGUCUCCGCCGCCCACGGUCGGCGUCGGCGUUGAUGGUGGGGUAAACUACAUACUCCACACCGUCACGAAAUUUGAUACGCUCGCCGGAAUAGCCAUCAAAUACGGAGUCGAAGUAGUAGACAUAAAGAGGCAAAAUGGGUUGGUGACAGAUCUCCAAAUGUUUGCUCUUAAGACCCUCCAAGUACCAUGCCCUGGGAGACACCCUCCUUCCCCAAGCUUGUCCAACGGGCACGAAACUCCUGCUCGGCCAGGCAGAUCUCAGCAGUCCGCAUCUAGCCGUAGAUACUCUGAUAUAUUCGAUUCGUUUCCGUCACUUAAAUUGAAAGCUUCUUCAGAUGAAAAAGUUUCACCCGCUAUGAGCCACUUGCGAGGCUACUAUGGUCUCAAACCAACGGAUCCGAAAGGAGCAUCAGAAGGUUUUGAAAUGGCUGUGUACCACAACAAAGGGGGUUCUCAGUAUCUGGAGGACGGCCUAUUCUCCAGCAGAUCAUCAUUUCCUACUUCAAAUCCCCCACUGAGCCACCAUAGAAAAUCCAAGAGCGCCGCAAACUGUUUAGCUUCAGAAAAUGGCGAUCUCGUAGAUCGACUCAUGCCUGAAGAACCCGAAACUAACGACUCGGUCGAAAAGCUUAUCAGGCGGCGCCAAAAAUCUGUUGCUGAUUUCAGCAAAUGCACUCCGGAAAAAGUUCUGAAGGAGGAAAACACGAGCGGCAUCGCAAUAUCAUCAAUCACAGGUAAAGGCUUGGCUCUCAGGCCCAAGUCGGCCGGCCGGACUGUGUCAGGGGGUGCUGAUGGUGAAACGGCCGGAGCAGGCCCUUUUCCUUUGAGUUUGGGAGAUUCUCUCUUAAACGACAGUGACAGUGGCGUGAGGAAGUCGUCGAGCACGUCGAGUUUGCAGGACUCGGAAAAUGGUGCAUUGUCGUCCAUUUGGCCGACGUCCAAUUGGAGUCUGAAGCCGGAUUUUCAAGCUUUCUCCGCUGCAGUCAUCACAAGGCCCAUAUUUGAUGGCCUGCCCAAGCCGUCUAAUCGGAAGAACAAAGCAGCACUGGAUUGA